GGGGCCGUGGGCGCCGCCCCGCUGAGGCGCGCGGGAUUCCCGCCGGGCGUCGCCUCCCCGGCCCCCGACACGGCGCUCGGGCGGCGUCCGCGUAGCGAGCCAUUACUGCCUCAGAUAUGAGCCUCGUGUCUCAGAAUUCGUUUUGAGCUUCUACUGAAAUAGAAGAUGCCCGAAACGGAUCCUCCAGCAACUUCCAAUGAAACGACAAUUAUGGGCCCUCAUGGAAUCAAUCGAGCUGUUCACCGCAUUUCUUUUUCUGAUUGUCAGAAUGGAUUAGGAGUUAAAAUAAUUGGAGGUUACCGGGCGCAAACAGCAGAAGAUUAUGGGAUUUUCAUAAAGAGAAUUCUGCCUGGAGGGGUUGCUGCUGUGGAUAGCCGUUUGCUCGCGGGAGACCUCAUUUUGGAUGUCAAUGGAGAAAACUUAACUGGAGUAACCAAUGAAAGGGCUGUUGACAUCUUGAGAACAGCUUCUGCAUCUAAUCACAUGUCUCUGCUGGUUGCCAGAGAUGAAGAGGCAAAGAAGGAAUUCCUUGACCUGAUGGAUAAGUAUGGCUCUCAUAGUGAUGCCUAUUCUGCAAGAAGUUCUCCAACACAGCUAUUAGCUGGAAAACCUGUGGACAGCCUUUCUUCUGGAUCAUCCUCAAGGUCACAGAGUCCUCAGUUGCCUCCAGAGGACGUUAUCACCACUGUCAGCAGAAAAAAUUCUGUACCAGCAGCAUCUCCAAAGAUUGCAAAGGAUAGUGCAUUUCAAAUCAUCUCCGUUUGCAAAGGGGCAAACCUUGGUUUGGAUAUUGUUGGAGGAAUUGACAGAAAUGAGGGGCCUUUGGUAUACAUCCAAGAAAUUAUUCCUGGUGGUGACUGUCACAAGGAUGGACGACUGCAGCCUGGAGAUCAGCUUGUUUCCAUAAACAAGGAGUCAAUGAUUGGCGUGUCCUAUGAAGAGGCAAAAAGUAUCAUUGACAGAGCCAGGACGAGGUUUGAAAGUUUUUGUGAGAUAGCUUUUAUAAGACAAAAAAGUGUUCCUAGUUAUUCAGAGAAUCUGCAGCGUCCUUCCAGUCUCGUAGCACCUUCUGCAGCCUUUGUUGGACAGCAAGCUGCAGGCCCCAGUCCUGUGGCAUCUCCUAACACAAAGCUUGUUUCAGCGCUCCUCCCCAACGCUAUGGAAACUAGAGUCAAAAUGGAAGAGCAGUCUCCAGUUACUUCUGCAGAGAGCAGUCCUGCUGAUGUAUCUGUUCAUGUCAUUGCCCCCAACCAGAACAAUGGUUACAGUCUGCCAGGAAGGAAGGCUUUCUUGAACUCUUCUAUUCGUCUCAAAGCAGAAAAGCUAGAGAAGGCAUUGAAUUAUCUUGGGAUUCAGCCCUCAGCUGAACAGCAGCAAGCCCUUAGGCAGCAACUUCAGAAAGAUUCUAACGGAACAGUGUCUUUUGGAGAUUUCAUUGAAGUUUCAAGGAAUCUGUUCUCUGUGCAAUUGGAUUCAACAGAUGGUGGCCAAAAACCUGUAACAUUUGGGAUUGAUGAAAUUGCCAGUUUGUUAGAUUCGCAGUUUGUAACCUGGGAUACUUUGGAGGAUGACAUGGAAAAGCUUAAGAAGGAAAGAAAUGAAGCUUUAAAAGAAAUGAGCAAAUUAAAGGAAGAAUUAUCAGAAUCUCUGAAUUUACAGAAGCAGUUAACGGAGGAGCUACAAGUAGUCAAGCAAGAAGCCAAGGCAGCUGUGGAGGAGACAAGAGCCCUGCGAAGCAGGAUUCAUCUUGCAGAAGCUGCGCAGAGGCAGGCGCGCGGAAUGGAGAUGGACUACGAAGAAGUAAUUCGCCUAUUGGAAGCUGAAAUAGUGGAGCUGAAGGCUCAGCUCUCUGAUCACUGUGGCCAAAAUAAAGAUAACAUCCAAGAUUUGAGAAAGAGGGUUACUGUUCUUGACUGUCAGCUGCGGAAAUCGGAGUCGGCUAGGAAGAGCUUUGAGGUGGCUACUGAAAAACUGCUACAAUUCGUAGAGGUUGUGCAUGAAAUGCUUUCUGAAAACUCUCCUUCCUCAGCUGUUCUGAGUGGCAGAAGGACUCCAUUGUCUUCUAAAGCACUUCUUGCCCGGCUGGGGAGGAUUGGACCAACUGUUACCACAGCUCUUGCAGCAGAAGCCAGAGACCUUGCCAAGUCUGUCCGUGCCAUUCUGGAAGUAAACUGUCUACCUUAUGGAUGGGAAGAAGCUUAUACAGCAGAUGGAAUCAAAUACUUUAUCAAGUCACCUCCUGUCCUGAAUGGGUAUCUUGGGGAGAACUGCUUUAGCAAUGAAUUCAGCCUUGUCUCUGAGCUAUCUGCAGCUACUGAUGACUUUUUUUUAAUGUGAUCUCCUGUUCCCUUCUGUGGGAAUCAGUUGUUCUGUUGCUGUAAAGCACUGUUGGUUUUUUUUCCAGAAUAUAGUGAAAACUAAUUCAUGUAAUAGUUUUACUAUUCCUCUAAAAGACAGAAACAAUUGUUGAGAAAAUAUAAUUUAUCUCCAUUCCAUAUACAUCAUGAAUGACUGCUUACUUUAUAGCAAAUUAUUUCAGCUACUGAAAUUUACAUACUGUUUAGGUCUUAUUUUGCAGGAAGAUUUCCCUGAAGUCUCUUAAAAGACAUGAAAGGCAGCAAAUCUUUGCACUGAGAUGCAACUGCUUUUAUCCCAAACUCUUGCAAAAGUCACAUAAAUAACAAUGAAGGUUAUAUAUUAGCUAGUGAAGAAAAGCAGGAAGUUGGGUUUUUUUGGUUUUUUUGGGUUGCUCUCUUGUCCUUGACUCAUCCCAUUGUGCCUCAGGCUACAUGUAUUAAAGCAGACAUGAUUUGUUGGUUUUUUUUGCAGGGGUUUUCAAACACACCAUAUACAAUAGUGCA